AUGGCUAUCAAAAGUGUUGCAAUCGCCGGUGGCUCAGGUUCCCUUGGAGGGCCCAUCAUCGAGUCUCUCUUAUCGUCCGGUUUUGAGGUUACAGCUCUUGUCCGAGCUGGCAAACAGUCUCCAUCUUCUUCUUUCCCCGCAUCUGUCAAAACCGCAACAGUCGACUAUACAUCCCACGAAAGCCUUGUCGUUGCUCUCAAGGGAAUCGAUGCCGUGAUUUCUGUUCUCAGCGGCCCAGGACUCGACUUCCAGCCCGCAAUUCUCGAUGCCGCCAUCGAGGCCGGCGUCUCUAGGUUCCUGCCUAGCGAGUUCGGCGCCAAUACCUACAUCCCACUGACAUCGGAAAUCCCAAUCUUCCAGGGCAAGGUUGCAUUCCAGAAAUCCAUGCAGCAGAAGCUGGCUGAGCACCCGAGUUUGUCUUAUUCACUCAUUGUUCAUGGGCCCCUGUUUGAUUUCUGUCUGGCGGGUGGCUUGUUUGGUGAUGUUCAAAAGCGCGAGAUGACCAUUUACGAUGGUGGAGACAAUAAAUUCUCAUCAACUUGUUUGGCUGAUCUUGGUACUGUUGUUGUGGGUGUUUUGAAGAGCCCUGAGCAGACUAAGAAUCGGGCGAUUUUCGUUGAAGGGGUGAACUUGACUCAAAAUAAGCUGUUGAGUAGCCUGGAGAAGGUGACCGGAUCGGCCUGGACGAGGAAAGAAGGCUCUAUUAGAGACCUGAAUGUUGCCAUGAAUGCUGAGAUGCAGAAGGGGCAGCCGAAUCCGGGUGUCUUUGUUCCAGGCUUUCUGAAGGUUGCUAUCUUUGGCGGAUCUGCGUAUGGCUCGGAUUUGAAUGAGCAGACACCCGGCCUUGACAAUGAUAUUGUUGGCUUGAAGGCGUACAGUGAAAAGGAGCUUGAGGAGAAGAUCAAAAGCAUUGCUGGCUAA